GGCGGGUGAGGGCAAACCUCCCGGGGCCUCCAGGCGAGACCCUACUCCCACUUUCCCCAAGCUCCUGCUCCGUCUUUCUCCCCUCUUCCCCACCCCACCGCGUUUCCCUCUUGUAUUCUGGAAACUUAUCUCCUAGUUAACAAGUGUGUUUUUAACAGCGUAUUUAUCUCUCCGCGGUAAGGGGAAACGGGUUUCUGCAGUUGCUUGCGUUCUGUUAUCACCUGUGAGCUCUAGAACUUGGGAUUUUCACAGAAGCCUUUGCUGAGGGAAUCCCUCCUCGGGGCCCAGCCGCAAAGUGGGUCCCCACUCCCCCGCAUUCCCACCGGAGUCCUUGUGGUCCGCUAGCAGCUAUGGAAAUCUACCUUUCUUACGCAGACGGUGGCCCUCGGCUCGGAAAAUAAAUACGAGGCGUCCCCUGGCCGCCGGCUUGAUUUUUACGCCUACAAAAUCCGCAGUGACUGCCUCCAGCAAAGCCCCUUAGGCUUAGCGAUGCUCCCUGCUCCCACUCCUCCACGGAACCCCCAGGGCCCUCCUGGGCGUGGCUAGAGGCUCGAGUCCUCCGGGACCCCUGAUCCUGUGGCUCGGAAAGGACUCUCGGACCUUUCCUAGAGUCGGGUUCAGCCCUCGUUGUGUCCCGAGGGCUUUGCUCCGGACCCGGCUUUCAGGCUGGCUUGGCUGGUCGACAGACCGGCGCGCUCCGCACACUCAAGUGUGAAUUCCUCUGGCGUGAGCGUGCGCGUGGCAUUGCCUCUGCGGUCCCCGGGUCUCGGCGACUCCCUCUCCCAGGCCGCCCCCUCCAGGACAACGCUGGCAAACUACGCUCCGCAGCCAUCUCGCGCUUGGUGAACAUUUCACAUCCUCGUUUCCCCUUGGCCUGCGCGAUCUAUCAUGAAUCCAGCCACACCGAGUGUAACUGCGGGUGGGGAGAAGCACCCAGAUGCCAACGGUCCCCGCCUUUGAGUCGACGGCAGACCAGUACUUGCUUGUGGUUUGUGGGGGGGAAGACUGAAGUUUUGAAUUCCAAUUAUGUGCAGAAUGCUCAAACUUCUCACCCGGACGGAGCGGACAGUGCAGGAAAGGGGACUCCCAUAACUCUGGGAUUGCAUUUUGCAUCGCGUCUCCCAGAGUUCCGUGCUAAGGCUCGGAUAGGGAGGGAGCUGGGGCCCCGGGCCAGCGCUACGGGUGGAGAGGGUCGGCUGGCAGCUCCGCGAGCCCCUGGCCAUGUCGCCUUUAAAGCCCUACCCCUUUGCGUGGCCUACUGAGGGUUUCCCGGGCUGGCCGGGGUUGCUUCCUCCCUGCACGUUCUCUCUUACCCACAGACAACCCCAGCAGACGAGGCUCCUGGGAGCCGAGAGCUUUUGACUCCCCGCUCCCUCGCUCCCCUCCUCCUCGCCCGCCGAGGGGUGGCCCUCAAGAGCCGGACUUUGCCGGCCCUGGCCCCGGGGGGCUGGGACCAUGGUGUUUCUCUCCGGAAAUGCCUCCGACAGCUCCAACUGCACCCACCCGCCGCCACCGGUGAACAUUUCCAAGGCCAUUCUGCUCGGGGUGAUCUUGGGGGGCCUCAUCCUUUUCGGGGUGCUGGGGAACAUCCUCGUGAUCCUUUCCGUGGCCUGCCACCGGCACCUGCACUCGGUCACACACUACUACAUAGUCAACCUGGCGGUGGCCGACCUUCUCCUCACUUCCACGGUGCUGCCCUUCUCCGCUAUCUUCGAGAUCUUGGGCUACUGGGCCUUCGGCAGGGUCUUCUGCAAUGUCUGGGCGGCGGUGGACGUCCUGUGCUGCACGGCUUCCAUCAUGGGACUCUGCAUCAUCUCCAUCGACCGCUACAUCGGCGUGAGCUAUCCUCUGCGCUACCCCACCAUCGUCACCCAGAAGAGGGGCCUCAUGGCCCUGCUCUGCGUCUGGGCGCUCUCUUUGGUCAUCUCCAUCGGGCCCCUCUUCGGCUGGAGGCAGCCGGCCCCGGAGGAUGAGACCAUCUGCCAGAUCAACGAGGAGCCGGGCUACGUGCUCUUCUCGGCUCUGGGCUCCUUCUACGUGCCGCUGACCAUCAUCCUGGUCAUGUACUGCCGGGUCUACGUGGUGGCCAAGAGGGAGAGCCGGGGCCUCAAGUCGGGCCUCAAGACCGACAAGUCAGACUCGGAGCAGGUGACGCUCCGCAUUCAUCGCAAAAACGCCGCGGUAGGAGGCAGCGGGGUGACCAGCGCCAAGAACAAGACGCACUUCUCCGUGAGACUGCUCAAAUUUUCCCGCGAGAAGAAAGCGGCCAAAACGCUGGGCAUCGUGGUCGGCUGCUUCGUCCUCUGCUGGCUGCCUUUUUUCUUAGUGAUGCCCAUUGGGUCUUUCUUUCCUGAUUUCAGGCCCUCAGAAACCGUUUUUAAAAUAGCAUUUUGGCUCGGUUACCUAAACAGCUGCAUCAACCCUAUUAUAUACCCAUGCUCCAGUCAAGAGUUUAAAAAGGCCUUUCAGAAUGUCUUGAGAAUCCAGUGUCUGCGACGAAAGCAGUCCUCCAAACACACCCUGGGCUACACGCUGCACGCACCCAGCCACGUCCUGGAGGGACAGCGCAAGGACCUGGUUCGCAUUCCGGUGGGCUCUGCAGAGACCUUCUAUAAGAUCUCCAAGACGGAUGGGGUCUGUGAAUGGAAAAUUUUCUCUUCCCUACCCCGCGGAUCUGCCAGGAUGGCGGUGGCCAGAGACGCAUCAGCCUGCACCACUGCCCGGGAACUUGGGGGAGGAGCUGUUUUUUGCUUUCUGAAUAUCAAAGUUGGACUUUUAACCAUCAAACUAACUGCACACAGCUCUGGUGGAGCUCCGGUUGGAACACUGUUGACAUCUGCUCCCUGUCUGCAAACUGUACUGUGGACCAGGGCUGAGCCCAGGCUGCUGUGGGGUCCACCAGCUUCCAAAAGCAAUGGCAGAAGUGAGGGCCUCUGGCCCUCCAAGUCCCUGCAAGAUGAGUGAGUGCAGAUGACUGUGAUGGGGCUGGGCUGUCAAGAGCAAGCUGGAAUUUGAGCAGAGGAUGCCGGAUCUUGCCAGCGAUCCUGUCAGCAUUGCCUCUUUCCCUCUUACCCAGACCUCAACGUCACAGGGGCUGUGGAUGGAUCUUGUCUGCUCUGUACAGGAAAAGAUCAUGUCUUGGCUACUGCAGCAUGAACUACUGAGUCUUCUACCUCGAAGGAAGGUCAUAGCAUUGGAAGAGGAGGAAGACUUACCCUGAACAUUGCUCAAAGCUGUUCAGUAAUGCAUUCCUGCAACUACUCAGCAGGAAACUUCCCUAAAGCUGUUGCUGAUUCAUUUCCAAAGACAAAACAACUGUCUUUUUCCUCUACUUGUGGCUCAGGAGCCACUAUGUUACUUGCCCUCCAUAGCAUAGUCAACGUGGCACGUCAUGAGCUAGAAAUGAUUAUUGCGAAACUAUGAGGAGUCCAUAUUUAAUUAGGUUAUAACGUCUGAGGACAAAUUUGUACUAUAUUUGGCAAGGGGGGGUGGGCAAAUGAAGACUCUGAUCUAUUAGAAAGCUUGAAUACAAUAACUGCAUUCUGAUGUGAUGGGCUUCCGCAGUGGCACAGUGGUAAAGAAUAUGCCUGCAAGGCAGGAGACACUGGUUCAAUCCCUGGGUCAGGAAGAUCCCCUGGAGAAGGGCGUGGCAACCCACUCCAGUAUUCUUGCCUGGAGAAUUCCAUGGACAGAGGGAUCUGGCGGGCUAUGGUCCAUGGGAUCACAAAGAGUUGGAUACAAUUGAAGCAUGCAAGCAUAUUCUGAUGUAAUAGAACAGAAACUACAGACAGUCCCAACAGAAGUUUAAUAUUUUCUUCUAUUUAUAUAUUUCAUACGAGUCCAAAGUACAUUUGCAUAUCUCGAGUCCUACCCUGUGAGGUAGGAAGAGAAAAAAGGAAUUAGGUUUAUUAGCGUAUAAAGAGCCAAGGUGGGGGAUGAGGUUAAGCUGAGGAUUUCUUUGACUAUCUUCAAAUCCAGCCUCUGACUUCUUUUUCCUAGAUGCCUUCAAUAUCCCCAAGGUCCACUGUGUUUCUCAAGACCCUGACAUUCACAUCUCACUCACUCACCUCUGAGCCGUAUUUUCAGCUCUGUUUGUACCUUCUCUCCCGCUGUAUCUCUGCUGGUGGCCGGGCCGAUCAAGAUUGUUCUGGGGGCUGAGUGCAUAUUUGUCUAGGCUUCUCUCAUUGGCUAAAAGACAAGCAGAUGUUAUUCUGCUCAUUCUCCCUAGAUAGGCAGCAGCAGAGCUAAGGAAAUAAGCAGGGCAGGAGGGGCUCUUGGCUUGCUCAAUGCAGUGACCUGUCAGGCAAAGACAGCAGUGACUGACACCUUAAGGACUUCAGGAACGCAAAAGUCCCAGAGAGAGUUUUGGGAAUGUUCAUUUUCCUGUGAGCCUGAGAGUUGUAUACACCAUGAUCAUCACCAUUAGCAAGUUGUUCACUUCUUCUCCUGCACCAGGCCCUGCAUUUGGCACAAAAAGAAAAAGAAAAUACGGAAAGGCACAGACAGUCCCCAGCUUGUGAUCUGGGUGUGUUCCAAACUCAUCUGUUGCAUUUUUCCAAGAGGCAUUGUUAUAAAUGGGGGUGGGAGAGGAUGUUCUCCGAUGAACCAAAAACAAAAAAUAAAAGUCUAUUUAAUAUACACCUGGGGUUGGCCAACAUUUUCUGCAAAUGGCUAGAUAGUAAAUAAUUUCGGCAUUGUGGGCAAUACAGUCUCUGUCACACAUUCUUCUUUGUUUGAAAUUUUUUGUGGGGAGGGGAGACCCUCUAAACAUGUACAAACCAUUCUUAGUCCACAGACUGUACCAAGAAAAACAAAAUAACAACAGACCGUGGACCAUAGUUUUCUAUCCUUGAUCUCUGCCAUCACUUGUUUACAGCGUAGUACAAACAAUGCUAAGCAUUGGAUUUGGUUGUUCAACAGCAAGUUGUUUUUUGUUUUUUUUUUUAAUGUUCAAUUGCCACAUCUACACUUGAUUAUAUCAGCAUCUCCAAACUGUACGAGUUGUUAAGUAAAGUGAUAGCGUUCAUGUUCAGGGCUGGAGCCUGCUCCAGUAUUACCUGCCCACCCAAAAGAUACACUCCAGUAUGUCAUUGUGAUUUUCAAUCUCCACUCCCAC